UCGUAUUUUGAUUGGUAGAUGGUGCCUAAUGUCGUCCAAUCACCAAACAGUUUGUUAACUAGUGAAGCAGCUCGAUAGCGUUGGGCUCACGGUGUGGUGAAGGAAGGCUGUGCCAGCAUGGGUGUGUUAUCCACGCUGAUGAGGGGGCUGGUGCGAGGCGCUGACAGGAUGUCCGAGUUCACGAGCAAGCGUGGAUCAAGGACUCAUAACAAAGGCAGGGGCGCCAGGCCUGCUGGACGGAAUCUCCCCAGCUCAAAGUUUCUAGCCAUUCGGUCCAUGAUUCCGGAGUUUGUGGUGCCUCCUUUGGAGGGAUUCAAACUCAGACCAUAUGUCUCAUACCGUGCCCCGAAAGGAACAGAACCUCCACUCACAGUGCAGAGUCUGUUCGAUGAGGUUGUGGCUCCUCAGAUCAAACAGGACUUUGAAGCAGGCAUUUUCAGCAAAGACCAGCUAGAGAAGUAUGGAUUUGAGCCCACACAGGAGGGGAAGCUCUUCAAGCUCUAUCCAAAGAAUUAUGUACGUUAAUGAUGGAUUUCCAAAGACUCGCUGAUUAACUGGGGACUGAAAGCUGCAGACCAACUGAUGAGAGCCCCUUCUAGAAAAUCAACUACUACAUAAACUGUUCAGGAAAAAGGCCUUGUCUUAAAGGUUUUGUUAUUUGAUGACCUGGAAAAAUAAAACGAAAAGCAUGAGUAAUACUGCAAA